CAAACGAACUGGUCAUUAUCAGCUCUCCCUCGGUAUCCAAUUUCUCAACGCAAAACAUCGUACAGGAAAAGCAGGCAAUCUAAACACUACAGUUUGAUUUUUCCACCGCGUGGACUCUUUGGCUGUCUUAUUAAUUUUACCUUUCGUUGGCACCCCACCUUAGUCGAAACCGCCCUUUUUCACCUAUAUCCUCGCACUUUCCUAGCCAUCUCUCCCCCCACUCUCUCUCUAUAUAUACCCCCCAACACCCACAUACUCUCACCAUCGUCGCUGCUUGGCAAACACAUAAUUCUUUGGCUCCAAUUUCCUUGUCUAAUUAUUAAAGCUCCAACGACUGAUCUCGGAAGAAGAAUUGGUUUGUAUAGUAUCCCAAGAAAAGGAAUGAGGAACCUCUUCUCCAAAUCCCCGUCUCCUACCGGGAUGACUCCAUCUGCUUCUCCACUUCACGCUACUUUUUCCGAGUCGUUAAUGGAAGAAAACAUUGAAGCUGCCGAGUUUAUCAUCACUAAAUGGGACUCCUCAUCCGACCAAAACUCCUACUGUAACAUCACUUCUCUUUUCUCUGACAAUAAUAGGGAAGAAGUGAAACAAUAUUUGAGUUCCCUUAAGGGUUUGCAAAAAGCUAUGCAGUACUUGGUUUCUCACCAAUCAAGUUCGGAAAAGCUUGUCCGAGCUCAAACACUGAUGCAAACCGCCAUGAAAAGGCUCGAGAAGGAGUUUUACCAAAUGUUGAAGUCCAACCGGGAUUAUCUUGACCCAGAAUCCGUUUCUACUCACUCAUCUUCUAGACCAUCAGUUUCCAGGUCUAGCUUUUCAGACUUCGAAGAAGACGAUUCUGAAAACGAGUCAAGGGACGAGAAUGACUCAAUCCCAGAAGUCGAGAGAAUCUCGUUAGCUGCAAUGGCGGAUUUAAGAGUCAUUGCGGAGGCCAUGAUAUCAGCUGGGUACGCCAAGGAAUGUAUCAAUGUUUAUAAAAUUAUUCGGAAAUCGAUCGUCGAUGAAGCUCUUUUCAAUCUCGGAGUUGAAAGGACGUUGACUUUUCAGCAGAUUCAGAAGAUGGAUUGGGAAGUUUUGGAGGUUAAAAUGAAGAAUUGGUUAAACGCUGUUAAAAUGGCGGUUAAAACGCUGUUUCUCGGAGAGAGAAUCCUCUGCGAUCAAGUGUUUUCCAUUUCGCCUGCUAUAAGGGAAUCUUGUUUCACGGAAGUUUCGAAAGAAGGAGCUUUGGCUCUGUUUGGGUUCCCAGAAUAUGUAGCCAAGUGCAAGAAAAGUCCCGAGAAAAUGUUCCGUAUCUUGGAUUUAUAUGAAGCGGUUUCCGAUCUUUGGCCCGAGAUUGAAUCAAUCUUCAGCUUCGAAUCAUCCUCAACCGUCCGAUCAGCCGCCGUUAACUCCUUAAUCAGGCUCGGUGACGCCGUUAGAACCAUGUUAACGGACUUCGAAACGGCGAUUCAAAAGGAUUCAUCCAAAUCGACGGUUCCUGGCGGUGGGCUCCACCCUCUCACACGCUAUGUCAUGAAUUACAUCUGUUUCCUCGCCGAUUACAGCGGGGUUCUCUCCGAUAUCGUCGCAGAUUGGCCAUUAACGAUUCCAUCACCUUUACCAGAGUCUUACUUCGGCAGCCCCUACAAGGAGGAGAGCACUUCAUCGACGAUUGCUGUCCGGUUAGCUUGGCUUAUCCUCGUCAUGCUUUGUAAACUAGACGGCAAAGCCACGAUGUACAAAGACGUGGCCCUUUCUUAUUUGUUCUUAGCCAAUAAUCUCCAAUACGUCGUCGGAAAAGUCCGUCAAUCGAAUCUGAAAUUCCUUCUCGGCGACGAUUGGGUGACGAGGCACGAGCUGAACGUGAAAAAGUACACUUCGAAUUACGAGAGAAUGGGAUGGAGCAAAGUGCUUGCGUCACUGCCAGAAAAUCCAACGGCUGAGAUUCCAGUUGAUCAAGUGAAAGAUCAUUUCAGAAAAUUUAAUUUUGCUUUUGAAGAAGCUUACAUGAAACAAACUUCUUGGGUCAUACCCGACCCUAGACUCCGAGAUGAUGUCAAAAUCUCGUUGGCGAGACGAAUCGUCCCGAUCUACAAGGACUUUUACGAGAGAUAUGGUGGCGUGCAGAUGAGGAAAGAAAUGUGGGUUGAGUCACUUGUCAGACAUACCCCUAAUGAUUUGGGAAAUUACUUGUCUGAUUUGUUCUAUGGAAGCGGAAGUUCAGGGAGUGUUUCGUCAAGCUCGAGCCGAGGAGGCGGGAGUCGUUGACCGAUCAUUUUUGGGAGAGGAAAGCAUCGCCGUCCAUGUUGGAAUUUACGCUCGUGUCUUUUACGGAUAACAAGGACAAAGAGACGUGUAGUGCACCUGUAUAAUUUAUCACAUUUAUUUAUCACUUCAUAUACAAUACAAAAUUCUUUGAUUUAUUAUCUCAUAUUAUAGUUUAGUUUUUUUUUUUUUUCUAAUUUUUUUGUGAUGGUGUGGGAGAUCCAAAGGGUUUUAUGGUUUUGGAUUGAAGGAAAAAUGAGUAAAUGGAUUUAUAAAAUAAUAAUGAGGUAGAUUAAUUAAUUAAUUAAUUACGUUAAAAGGAAGCUUCUAAUUACCGAUACAAGAUAUUGGGAAAGAGGUGAAGGCCAAAGAAGUGAUUUUAGGAAAUCAUAAUGAUGAGA